AUGGCAAUUGGAGCUCUUUUAGCAGCUGGUACAGCAUUCUUCUUCCUGUACUCUGUCCUCGUUUCGGUUUGGAAUAUUUAUUUCCACGCUUUACGGCGUGUCCCGGGACCAAAGCUAUGGAUUGUGUUUCCUGUACUGCGACAUAUAUCCGGUGUUCGUGGAAGACUGGACAUUGAUAUGCGUCGAUUCCAUACGCAAUAUGGCGAGACUGUUCGUUUUGGCCCCGACGAGGUAUCCUUUAUUACACCAGACGCCUGGAAGAGCAUAUAUGGUCAAUUGCCAAGAGUCUCAAUGUCUGGGAGUAAGGGGAUUGAUAUUCUCAGUGCUGAUGAUCGCAACCACUCUCGAUACCGCAAGGCCCUCUCUCCCGCCUUCUCCUCUAGGGGACUUCAAGCGCUACAACCUCAUAUUAUCGUCUAUGUGGAGAAAUUGAUCAGUCGUUUAAAGGGAAUCGCUGAAUCUCAGCUUCCGUUGGAUAUGGCGAAAUGGUAUAAUCUAACUGCGUUCGAUCUGAUCGGCGACCUUGCUUUUGGUCAGUCAUUCGGUGGCCUUGAUCGCUCAGAAUAUCAUUACUGGGUCUCAACAAUCUUUAAUUUUGUCAAGGUUGUUCCAUUUCUGAAAUUUAAGGAUGCAUACCCGGUCGUUCUUCCUCUUUUGAUGGUAUUUUUGCCCAAGAGAUUCCUUGAGACGCACAAAAAGCAGGUUCAAUAUGCGAAGGAAACCGUUCAUAAAAGACUUGACAACAAGGCUGCAUAUGGGAGGGGUGAUUUUAUUGAUUCUAUGCUUCGAAAUCGUGGCGAGAAUUAUGGGCUGAGUGAUGAAGAAUUAGAGGUUAACGCUACACUCUUGGUCUUUGCUGGUAGUGAGACAACUGCCACUUUGCUAUCAGGUUUAACGUACUGGCUCCUGAAAUCCCCGGAGGUAUUCGCAAAGGUGACCUCUGAGAUUCGCGCAAUACCGACAGAAGCUGAGAUCAACCGGUAUAAUAUCACCAAUCAACUACCGUAUAUGAAUGCUUGUAUUGAAGAAGCGUUACGGUUGUACCCUCCCUUACCUAGUGGUUCACAGCGCCGCGCUGUUGUUCCGUGCCAGAUAUCGGGGUACGACAUUCCGCCCGGAACUAGGCUUUCCGUUCAUCACUCUGCAGCUUACUGGUCCCCAAUCAACUUCCACGAGCCGCAAUCCUUUAUCCCUGAGAGAUGGUUACCGAAUGUAAAGAACGACCCAUCUUCACCAUUCUUUUCUGAUAGGCGCGACGUUAUGCAGCCGUUUUCAGUCGGACCUCGUAAUUGCAUUGGAAAGAACUUGGCCUAUGCUGAAAUCCGUAUGAUUCUUGCCCGUGUUCUUUGGAAUUUUGACAUGGAGCUUUGCCAAGAAAGCCAGGCUUGGAAAGACCAGAGAACUUAUAUCCUUUGGGAUAAACCUCCCCUGAUGUGCAAAUUAAAGUUGCGAGCAUAG